AUGCCUUUUGCAUCGGAGAGUGAGUUGACCUGUUCCAUCUGCAGUGAGGUGUUCCUGGCCCCAGUGUGUCUCCUACCCUGUCUCCACUGUUUCUGUGGGGGAUGUAUAUCCCAGUGGGUGGUGAGGAGAAAGACCAAGUGUCCUCUGUGUCGCACAAAGUUCAACGCAGUGUGUAAACAUGACAUGUUGGAACUGGACUGUGAAUCAUUCCUGUGUCGGAACCCCAGCAGUCUGCGGUCCUCGGAGGAGUCCUCGUUCCUGACGGGGUCCAACAUGUUCAACCAGUAUGUGCACACUGUCACUCCUCCCUCUCGACAACCUCCAAUUCAGAUAUACGCAAACAAUAGAAACCAGGCGCUGCAGUAUGCGAGAGUGCUGGUUCCUCUUGGGUUCCAGCCUUCAGACAUCCACUACCGAGCUGUGGAUCAUCAUGGACACACGACAAGAACUAGGGUGGAGAUUCUUAAAAGGGUACCAUAGCGGGGAGAUUGUUAAGUAG